AUGACCUUGCGAUUAUGUGUUAUGGACGCGCCGCCCACGUACCUGAAGGGCGAGUUCCCCGGCGACUACGGGUGGGACACGGCGGGGCUGUCGUCGGACCCCGAGACGUUCGCCAAGAACCGCGAGCUGGAGGUGAUUCACUCGCGCUGGGCCAUGCUCGGCGCGCUUGGCAUCGUCUUCCCCGAGCUGCUGGCGCGCAACGGCGUGCCGCUGCAAGAGGCGGUGUGGUUCAAGGCGGGCGCGCAGAUUUUUUCAGAGGGAGGGCUCGACUACCUGGGCAACCCCGCGCUCAUCCACGCGCAGAGCAUCCUCGCCACGCUCGCCGUUCAGGUGGUGCUGCUGGGCGCGGUGGAGAGCUACCGCGUGGGUGGUUUGGAGGGGUUCCAGGAGGUGGAGGAUCCGAUCUACCCGGGCGGCGCGUUCGACCCGCUGGGGCUGGCGGACGAUCCCGACGCGGCGGCGGAGCUGAAGGUGAAGGAGCUCAAGAACGGGCGCCUCGCACAGGUGUCGGCGCUGGGCUUCUUCGUGCAGGCCAUCGUGACGGGCAAGGGGCCCCUCGAGAACCUCGCGGACCACCUCGCCGACCCCACCGCCAACAACGCGUGGGCAUAUGCGCAGAACUUCGUCCCCGGCGCGUAA